AGAGCCGCGAGAGAAGGUAAACAUUACAUUUACAGAGCUCGUGUGUUCCGGCAAUGGGAAUUAGUUGGACGGGAGGUAUACUGUUGGAGAUAAUACCUGUGUGACAGCCGAGCGUGUGCAGAAGCUUUGAUUUCAAUAUAUAUUUGUAAUACUGUUAUGUGAUAGUACAGACAGACUCUCUCUAACCGUACUACCGCUAUAUUUCAGCCCAGUCACCGACGGCUUAUAAGUUAUCACUAUGAAGACCAGGUGGUUUGUUGCCAAGUGUCGCAACUUUUCAUCUCUCGAGUCCAGUUUAUCUUCUGGUAUCUGGGGAUGCAGAGAAAGGCAGUCCUCUCCUCAGCCAGCAGAGACCUUAACUCAAGCCAUGGAUGGAGGGAGAGUUGUCCUACUCUUCAGUGUUAAUAACCAACAUGGUUGGCAUGGAGCUGCUGUUAUGGAAACAGCACCAACUGUCACAGAGAAGUCACCUGUGGCAAAGCAAAUGCCAGCAGUUUGUUGCACUAAGAACCAGAUUCCCAUAAAAACUCCUCACCUCAAUGGUGACUGCAGUAAUUUUGUAAGAGGAGACAGUUACGGAUGGUAUCAGUUCAAAGUGAAAUGGCUAACAGAAUUUCAGGGAGAGUUUAAAGAACAAUGUCUUUCAUUUUCUGCCACAAAAGAAUUGGUGCUACUAGACAACACUCCAAUAAAUAAAGCAAGGAAUUUUCAAGAAUUGAAUGAACACUCUGGCAGAACCUUGUAUGAACUUCUGGUCCAGCAUUAUCACAAAUUGUGCAGAGACCGUGAGGAGAAAUUAAAGAAAGAGGAAGAGCAGAUUCCACCCCCAUUUUUCCACCCCAGGGAAUCCAGGGAUAUGCAGGAAGUGUGGUCGCGUAUUCUUGAAAAGGUUAAAAAUUUGGGAAAAGUAUUGCUUGCUUGUGCAUUUGGAAGUCAAAGGUACAAUUUGCACACAGCUGAAAGUGAUACAGACAUGUUCAUAAUUUAUGCUGCCAGUGCAAAAGAUGUGCUGGGAUUUAACCCACCAAAACAGACAAUAAAAAAUCGUGAUACAGAAACCUGUGACUAUACAAUCCAUGAGGUUUUCCGUUACUGUGAGUUACUAUUGGGGGGAGACCCUCGCUGUGUAGAAACUCUCUUCCUUCAUCCCAGUUGUGUGUACUAUGCAGCAGAGGAAUGGCAGGGGCUCUGUCAAUAUGGAAAAUUAUUUUUGACUAAACAGUGCUUAGAAAAAUACUUAGGUGAUGCUACUGGAUCUCGAGGACUGAAGCAAUUGGAAAAGUGGUGGAAUCAACAGACAGAUGGUGCUGAACUGUUGCCUGUUCAUAUCAGAAAACUGUUUUACAUUGUGAUAAGAUUAUUGCAAAAUGCAAGGGAUGUUUCCAGUGGUGAAGGAAUUGUAGUGUACAGACCUCAGCAUUAUCCAGGGAGGAAGCUGCUGAUGGAGACAAGGCAGGGAGAAUACUCGUACAAGUAUCUUAAGGAAAUAAUAGAUGGAUUAUUGCAAGAAAUAGAAGCUAACAAAACAACUAGAUUGUUGCCUGAGCAGCCUCCUAAGAAAAAACUGGAGGAAUGGUUAUUGGAACUCAGAUACAAUAGCCUAGUGGCUCUCAAGGAAAGCAAAGAUGUUAUAGGACAGAGUCCAGACAUAGAUGAUAAGGAGUAACCUUGGCA